AGAAUAUUGCAGUUUGCCACGAAACGUGUGGUGUCAUCAAUAACGAUAGAUCAAUGAGCGUUAUGCCUUCUCCAUUAACAAUGCAAGACCCUAAUAACCCUUUGUAAUCAUUCCUGUAAUGCUCUUCAGUUAUGGAGGACAAGCCUGUUCAGGUUCAUUCAAGAAGGCCACAGAAGCUAAAGAUUUCUCAUGAUCCAUUUAGAACGUUAGCAUGGGCCAAGCACCCAAUUGCCAAGACUCGCCUGAUCUCAGCAUGGCAAGUUUUGAAGUUACAUCUGGUAGCCUACUGCAACAUCACCUCUCUACAUGGAUUCCGUUACCUGGUGGACCCUGUGUGCGGCUCACUGGCUAGGUUGCUGUGGGUGUGUGUAAUCGUUUUGGGGGCCUUUGCUACCAAAGAGAUGAUUGGCGAGCAGCUAUUAUUGUACCAACGGGAGCCAAUCGUCUUUUCAUAUCAGGCCAAACGAACACACAUCCAAGAUAUCCCAUUCCCGGCUGUCUCAAUCUGCAGUCAGAGUCAGAUGUUGCCGUCCAUCUUCAACUAUUCGGCUCUUCUCCUCAAGCCUCAAGACCUGCUCACUGUCAAGGAGAAACACCAGUUGGACUAUGCUAACUACAUUUGCUCAAUGGAGAAGAUUGGCUCAGGGUUUCAAAGACACUUGGAUACCUCUGUUUUGGAUGAAAUUUUUCAGAGGAGAAACAAGUUGUGCGAUGAGGAAUUUGAGGAGAUACAGUGGCAGAAAGUACGAUUAGUACCAGCAUGUGAUUUCUUGCAGCCAGUGCUUUCUAGAUAUGGCCAUUGCUACACGUUCAACACUGCAUCUUUAUUCCAAUACAUGAGGCCACAGUACUCAGCAGUAUUUGUAUCUGCAUACUCAAAUCUUGAGAGCACAAACAUAACAAGAAAUGCUGAAGAAGAGUUAUUGUGGCAGAGAAGACAUAUGAUGCCUUGGAAAACCAAGGAUUCUUCCUUAUAUGGGGGUGUUAUCAUGACACUGAACUUCAGAUCUCAUGACUUUGAUGAUACUUGUAGUCUUGGAGAUAGAUCCUUUUCUGUGCUAAUUCACUCACCUACGGAAUUGCCUGAUGCGAGUGCAUCUGAGCACGUGAUCCAGGCCAGGAUGGCAGGGCUGAUUGCAGUGACCCCUAAGAUAACAGUGUCAUCACAAAGUGUGCUGAAACUUCCGUCCUCUCGUCGCGGCUGUUACCUUCCCCAUGAGCGCCGACUACAGUACUUCAGCUCCUAUAGUCAGCGGAACUGUGAGAUCGAGUGUCUGGCCAACUGGACCAUGCAGCAGUGUGGCUGCUCUGUUCCUUACCACCCACGAGAAAUGGAUACACCAGUAUGUGGAAUGAGAAUGCAGCCAUGUGUUUCUUUGAUGGGACAAAGUAUUGAAGGAAAGUGCCACUGCCUACCCAACUGUAACAAUGCAAGAUAUACUACAGUGAUGACCACUUUCCAUCGUAGGCACUUGUCUCUUGACAGAUCCGAUAUGGCCCAAGUGAUUGUAGCUUUCACGAAAAAAGGAUUCAUCGCAAGGGAAGUGCAAAUAAUAGCGGAAAAGGUAGAGGUUGUUGGGAAAAUAGGAGGGUUGCUGAGUCUAUUCUUAGGAGCAAGCGUCAUCAGUCUUUUAGAAAUUAUAUACUUUGCCUCUUUGAGACCUCUGGUUGUCUUCUGGAACUAUUGGAGACGUACCAAAGUAAUCUCUGAACCUCAGCGAACUACGGUAUCAGCAUUGCAGAGCAGUGAUAAGUUAGUAUUGAAUUAUUAUUAAAAAUCUGUUGUCUAUUUAGAAAUAUAUGUAAAGUAACCUCACCGAAGAAGAUUGUUUUAUGAACAGCCACAUUGAAGGUAAGAAUAAAAAAAAGUUAUUUGUGAAAUUAUUCAAUGUUAUGUAUAUUUCUGUAAAGCAGUCUCACAUUAUAAAACUCUUUCUGAUAAUAUAUUUAAAGUUUUAAUACAAAUGUACUCACGUUAAUUUUAUGAUUAUGACUGUAUUUUAUUAUCUUAUAAAUUCAUAGUUUUCACCAAUAUUGUGAACACGUUAAAAUACAUAGGUCAAAAUCUGUACAAGAUGAAUUACAAUGUAAUUAAAUGAGAAACUAUAAAUGAA